GCCAUGUUGGAGAGCGAGAGCAUCCCCAGCCUGGCAGGAGUGAAGCCCAUGGGCUACCGGAACCGCUCGUCCAGCAUGGACACGGACGCGGACGGGCCGACCACCUACACCCUGCAGGGUCUGAUCCGGCAGCUCAGCCAGUUCAACAGCAUCAUGAGGGACCAGGGUCUGGACCCGGAGAUCGUGGGCCAGGUGUUCCGGCAGCUCUUCCACUGCAUCAACGCCGUCACGCUCAACAACCUGCUGCUGCGCAAAGACGUCUGCUCCUGGAGCGCCGGCAUGCAGCUCAGGUAUAACACCAGUCAGCUGGAGGAGUGGCUGCGAGCGAACAACCUGUUCCAGAGCAAAGCUUCUGCCACGCUGGAGCCCAUCAUCCAGGCGGCUCAGCUGCUGCAGGUCAAGAAGAAGACUUCCCAGGACGCUGAGGCCAUCUGCUCGCUGUGCACCGCGCUCACCGUGCAACAG